AUGGUUUUAGCAGAUCUUGGAGAAAGACUUCGAGGUGCCCUUUCCUCUGUGGAGAAAGGUACUGAUGACGAAAUUCAACAAAUGAUUAAAGACAUAUGUUCUGCAUUAUUAGAAUCAGAUAUAAAUGUCAAAUUAGUUGCAAAAUUAAGAGGCAAUAUACGAAACAAGAUUGAAGAAGAAAAUGUUAUCAAAGAAUCAUCAUCUCAAAACAAAAGGAAAAAAUUACAAAAAAUCAUUUAUGACGAGUUAUGUGCAUUAGUUGAUUCUCAUGUUGAACCACCAAAACCAAAAAAGCUUUCAGCAACUACCAAAACAAUUAAUGGGAAAAAAGUUAGAGUAUCAAAAGAAUCAAGUCAUGUUAUAAUGUUUGUUGGUUUACAAGGUGCGGGUAAGACAACUUCAUGUACAAAAUUGGCAGUCUAUUACAAAAAGAGAGGUUUUAAAGUGGGUUUAGUGUGUGCUGAUACUUUCAGAGCUGGUGCUUUUGAUCAAUUGAAGCAAAAUGCAAUUAAAGCAAACAUUCCAUAUUAUGGAUCCUACUUAGAACCAGAUCCAGUUAAAAUAGCAUUUGAAGGUGUACAAAAAUUCAAACAAGAGAAAUUCGAUAUAAUCAUAGUUGAUACUUCAGGUAGACAUCGACAAGAAGAACAAUUAUUUAAUGAAAUGAUACAAAUUGGAGAAGCCGUUCAACCAAGUCAAACAAUUAUGGUAAUGGAUGGAUCAAUUGGUCAAGCAGCUGAAUCACAAGCUCGUGCAUUCAAAGAAAGUUCCAAUUUCGGUUCUAUAAUAUUGACAAAAAUGGAUGGUCAUGCAAAAGGUGGUGGUGCUAUAUCAGCGGUUGCUGCUACAAAAACUCCGAUUGUAUUUAUUGGUACUGGUGAGCAUAUUGGAGAUUUAGAAGUAUUCAAACCAACAACAUUCAUAUCAAGAUUAUUAGGAAUUGGUGAUAUACAAGGACUUAUAGAUCAUGUUCAAUCUUUAAAUUUAAAUAAUGACGAAGGUCAUAAACAAACUAUAGAGAAUAUAAAAGAAGGUAAAUUUACUUUAAAAGAUUUUCAAAAUCAAAUGAAUAAUUUUAUGAAAAUGGGACCACUUACAAAUAUUGCAUCAAUGAUACCCGGUUUAUCUAAUAUCAUGUCACAAGUUGGAGAAGAAGAAACGUCACAGAAAAUAAGAAAUAUGAUUUUUAUAAUGGAUUCAAUGACAACAAAAGAAUUAGAGAGUGAUGGUAGAAUUUUUAUAAAAGAACCUAGUAGAAUCAUUAGAGUUGCAAGAGGCUCUGGUUGUAGUGCAGUAGAGGUUGAAAUGAUUUUACAACAACAUAGAAUGAUGUCAUCAAUGGCAAAAUCAGCUAUUGCUGCUCAAGGUCAACCAGGACAAAUGGGAGGUGGUUCACAAAUGCAAAGAAUGAUGCAACAAGCUCAAUCUAAUCCAAAUUUUAUGCAACAAGCUAUGAGUAUGUUAGGUGGAGGUGGUGGAGCUGGUGCUGGAGGAGCUGGAGGAGCUGGUGGAUUAGCUGGAAUGAUGAAUAAUCCUGCUAUGAUGCAACAAGCUCAACAAAUGAUGAGAAGUAAUCCGCAAAUGAUGCAACAAGCACAACAAAUGAUGAAAGAUCCUCAAAUGAUGCAAAGAAUGAUGCAACAAUUCGGUGGAGGAAUGGGUAUGUAG